UCAUGCUGCUGCCAGGUCCAGAGUCUCUCAUGGGUCCCUGUACGGCCUCCCAUUGCUGCUGUCUCCAUCGCCACACUCUGCCAUGUGCCACUUUCAGGUCUCCUCACACACUGCUGGUGUGUAGAAUUUUUUGACAUAGGGUGCUGGCAGAUUAUGGGCCUCCCAUAGCUGCUGCCAGGCCCCUAAUCUGCCAUGGGCCCCUAUAUACCGCCUCCUCAUGCUGCUGCCAGGUCCAGAGUCUCUCAUGGGUCCCUGUACGGCCUCCCAUUGCUGCUGUCUCCAUCGCCACACUCUGCCAUGUGCCACUUUCAGGUCUCCUCACACUGCUGGUGUGUAGAAUUUUUUGAC